CCAGCGAGCCAGUCCGGAAUGAUCCUGCUAUGGCCAAGCUCUGGUUCAGAUUCCAGCGGUACUUCCGCAGGAAGCCUGUGCGUUUCUUUACCUUCCUGGUGCUCUACCUGACGGCCGGGAGCCUGGUCUUCCUUCACUCUGGCUUCGUGGGCCAGCCCGCCAUCUCCCAGAGCCAGGCCAGCCCCGCCGCGGGGGUCCAGGCCGAAGGCGCUGAGCUGCCCUUCUUGGGUGACCUGCAUCUGGGCAGAGGCUUCCGGGACACGGGUGACGCCUCGAACAUUGCCCGCAGGUACGGACCCUGGUUCAAGGGCAAGGACGGGAGCGAGAGGGCCAAGCUGGGUGACUACGGUGGAGCCUGGAGCCGAGCCCUCAAGGGGAGGAUUGUCCGGGAGAAGGAGGAGGAGCGAGCCAAGUACAUCGGCUGUUACCUGGAUGACACCCAGAGCCGGGCCCUGCGAGGCGUGUCCUUUUUCGACUACAAAAAGAUGACCAUCUUCCGUUGCCAGGACAACUGUGCAGAACGGGGUUACCUGUAUGCCGGGCUGGAGUUCGGCGCGGAGUGCUACUGCGGCCACAAGAUCCAGGCGACAAACGUGAGCGAGGCCGAGUGCGACAUGGAGUGCAAGGGCGAGCGCGGCAGCGUGUGCGGCGGCGCCAACCGCCUGUCCGUCUUCCGGCUGCAGCUGGCCCAGGAGUCUGCGCGCAGGUAUGGAAGCGCUGUCUUCCGAGGCUGCUUCCGCAGGCCCGACAACCUCUCCCUGGCCUUGCCCGUGACAGCCGCCAUGCCGAACAUGUCCGUGGACAAGUGCGUGGAUCUCUGCACUGAGAAGGAGUACCCGCUGGCGGCCCUUGCGGGCACCGCCUGCCACUGCGGGUUCCCCACCACGCGCUUCCCGCUUCACGAGCGGGAGGACGAGCAGCUCUGCGCCCAGAAGUGCAGCGCGGAGGAGUUUGAGAGCUGCGGGACCCCCCGUUACUUCAUCGUGUACCAGACGCAGGUCCAAGACAACCGCUGCAUGGACAGAAGGUUCCUCCCAGCCAAGUCCAAGCAGCUCAUCGCUCUGGCCAGCUUCCCAGGCGCUGGCAACACGUGGGCUCGCCACCUCAUCGAGCUGGCCACUGGCUUCUAUACGGGCAGCUACUAUUUUGACGGCUCUCUCUACAACAAAGGGUUCAAAGGUGAGCGGGACCACUGGCGCAGCGGCAGGACCAUCUGCAUCAAGACGCACGAGAGCGGCCAGAAGGAGAUCGAGGCCUUCGAUGCCGCCAUCCUGCUCAUCCGUAACCCCUACAAGGCGCUCAUGGCAGAGUUCAAUCGCAAGUACGGCGGCCACAUCGGCUUCGCUGCACAUGCCCACUGGAAGGGCAAAGAGUGGCCGGAGUUUGUGCGGAACUACGCCCCGUGGUGGGCCACUCACACGCUGGACUGGCUCAAGUUCGGCAAGAAGGUGCUGGUGGUGCACUUCGAGGACCUGAAGCGGGACCUGUUCGUCCAGCUGGGCCGCAUGGUCAGCCUGCUGGGCGUGGCCGUCAGGGAGGACCGGCUGCUGUGCGUGGAGAGCCAGAAGGAUGGCAACUUCAAGCGCUCGGGGCUCCGGAAGCUCGAGUACGACCCCUACACGGCCGACAUGCAGAAGGUCAUCUCUGCCUACAUCAAGAUGGUGGACGCGGCCCUGAAGGGGAGGAACCUCACCGGCGUUCCCGACGACUACUACCCCAGAUGAUGCAUCAGGCAGGGAAGGGGCCGGGAGUCCCGCCCGAGCGGGGGUCUCGAGACUCCUGGGGACGCCCCCCCCCACCCCAACCCAUCUGUCCUCUCUCUCUGGCUUGGGGACAAUCCCCUUGGCCGCUGUCGGCCUUCAGUGACGUUCCUGCAUGACCAAGAAGGCUCGAGGGAAGAGACUGGGCGCUCCCCACCCUUGGAGGCGCAGGGGGCCCCUGGUUUGGAGACGUUCUAGCCACGUGGACCCUUUUCUGUCUCCUCUGCCCCUGGCCCCCCCCCCGCCACUCUGGGCCCCACCUGUGGGGGGAGGGCUCACGGUGGCCCCAGGACAUGGGUGUCCCACUGCAGAUGUCAAGGACCUCGAUGCCAGAGUGGAAGGGACUGUAGCAGGAGAAAGUGGCCCCAGACUCUCUUCCCUUCUGGGCUGAACAUUCACGGCCUCCCUCCACCCCCGGAAUCACAGGCACCAACGCUUAUCCAGGCCGCUUCUGUUUGAAGAAGGGUCUCAGACAGCCCGGGUGGGGUGCGGAGGCCAUGAUGCUCACAGGACGUUAACGGGCACCACCGCGUGGGGCCGCUGUUGUCAUGAGCCCACCUCUUGCCACAGUGCUCCUGAGAAGCCAUCGGGUUGGUUGGCCACCUCUAGGGCCGGAAUUCUGCCCUUUUCUUCCCCUGCUGUAGCCAGAAGGUGACCUUGGGAUCUUUGAUCUCCCUUCUGGGGGUUCUCAGGCGCCAACAGUCACCCCACCAGGAUGGCCACAUGCAGAAUCUUGAGUAACACAGCUCUCGGUUGUGGCGCCCAACACAUUGAUCCUACACUGCCCUCUGACCCCUACCAGUGGGUCCUUUGCUAUCCAGAUGAGAGAGCAAAGUGCUCCAAAUCAGGUGGGACCAUGACCCUACAACCUUCUCAGCCCAUUGACCUCCCCUUGGUCAUAGUCCAAUGGGGUUGGCCUCCCUCAGAAUGGGAAUGGUUCUUCAUUUCCAUACAAGCACUGCCCCCUUGGUGAUUAAGACCUCAAACCAAAGGAUUCUCAAGGACCUGGGUUGCUAAUUAUCUGUCUUUGAAAGCAUCGAUUCAGGACCCAUCUUCCCCCGCCUCGGAUACCAAUGGCUUCACAUCCAGCCCAUACCCGUGCACCUGUCUCAUUCCCUACCACGUAGAUGCAAAAGCCAUAGGUCACAGAUCUUUGCUAUUCUGUCUGGAGCAGCCCCCCCAGUCAGCCCCUUCGAAGGCUCGGGGGACAGGUAAAAAUGCUCGUUCCCAAAUACCCAAGAGACUAGGGAGAAGGAGCGUGUAAAGAGAUAUAUUUUUUUAAGAGGAAUAGAACUAAUACGUUCUGCCCCUUGGCACUCGAAGAGAAGGGCUUAGGGAUUGAGCCUGUGUUUCUCUUCCCUGAUUCCCUCAGCUGUGGGAUUCGGGCCACCGCAGGGCCCAGCCAGGGGGCCCUGAAUGUAUUUUAUACCAUGUUUCUUCCCCCACCCCCCACCCAGGCUAAUUUCUAGUCUUUUGAGAAGCAGUCGAGGGCGUGGCCUCCCCUCCCACUUAGAGAUCAGCGCUCUCUGGGGUGACUCUUGGUCCAAGACCUGGGCCAGCUCUGCUGGUGGCCACUCAGGCCACAAGCCUCAGUCCGAAGAUUCCUCAGGUCAACACCGUCAUUAAAAAGCGAGUUUUGUUGAGUA